GUCACCCUGUGCGUCAACGUCUCGCGCCAGCAGCCCGGCCCGGGCGCGCCCGGCAUCGCCGAGCUGCGCGUGCCCGUGUUCGACGACCCGGCGGAGGACCUGCUAGCGCACCUGGAGCCCACCUGCGCCGCCAUGGAAGCCGCGGUGCGCGCCGGCGGCGCCUGCCUCGUCUACUGCAAGAACGGCCGCAGCCGCUCGGCCGCCGUCUGCACCGCCUACCUGAUGCGUCACCGCGGCCUCAGCCUGGAGCGGGCCUUCCGG